AUAGGGGCCAUGUCUCAGCCCCGGGAGGAAAGAAUCAGUCAUAAGUGGAACCGCCUGAGGUUUUAAGGCAAGAGUGAGGGAUUUGGGGCCGAAAGACGCUGGCAAAGAAGAGAAACUUGGAGGAAGUAUCACUGUUGAGAUGCCUACCAUUAAUGCUAUUAUGAUUAUACAACUCUGUGUCCUUGUAGCUGCAUUUCCAGCUCAGUACUUGCUUUCUCAGUGGUGUAGAGCUGAUUCUACUCAAAGCCUUCAAAUAGUAGAGAGGUUAAUUGGCUACUGGAACAAUUUUAGAUGGUCAUACCUGGGUCAGAAUGCACGGACCAGAUAUUUAAAGCCCCAGAUGGUAAAGAAGAGGAACUGGUACAAUGAAGAUGAAGAAUAUAUCCAUGCUUACUUUGCAGAACCAACUCGAAUUCGAAGUCCAAGGCCAGAAUCUAUUCAGUUUAAAGUGGGAAUGGUGAUAAUGCACAAGCAACUUGGCUAUUCAGGAGUAAUUACUGGUUGGGAUGUAGAAGCCAGAGCUCCAGAAGAGUGGCUAAAACAGAAAUAUCCUCCUGAGAAACAGUAUUUAAGAAAAUCUCCCCAUUAUCGAAUUCUAGUCAGUAAGUCCAAUAGGAUUGGUAUAUCUACAGCCUAUGUUCCUGAGGAAAACCUAAAAGUUGUUAUGGGAUAUGAGGUAUUCCAUCCUGACUUGAAAGUCUACUUCAGCGAGUACGAUGGGGCCAAAUACGUUAUGCAGCCAUGGCUAAAACAAAUCUAUCCUCAUGAUUAAAUCUAUUUUAAUCAAUAACUGGAUUUGUUGUACAAUCCCACAUCUAAAUUUUUCCUUUAUUGUGACAAUUGGAAACCAAGGUACAGCUGAUACAGCUUAUUUUUCUGAAAUAAAUAAAUGAACACUUUUUAAACAUGA